AUGCAGCAUAAAACGUGGAGACUUCGAUCCAUAGAAACUAGAUGCAUAAAGGUACGGAAGUGGGAGCUUCAGUGGUGGACGAUCAUGGUCGUCACGUACAAUUUUAACAUCGUCCGGGAGGAGGAUUCAGAAGGAGAUAGCAGAGCUCAAACACCGACCCACCUGUCGAUUGUUCCGCUAGUCCCAAAAGCGAUAACCUCUAUCACUGGGUCGCUAUUUUCUUCAGUCGCCAAGGGUAUUUCGGUAAUCAGGUUCUGUGUAUAG